AUGCCGCUUCGAUGCCAGACUGAGCUUGAGCGCUGGCACUGCCAGCUAUCGAAGCGCGCCGACCGUCCGAAUGCCGGCUGCGCGAAGGACACCCCGAAUCAAAUAGAUGUCGCCAUGCAGCUGGCCAGAACAGUAUCUGCAUUGCGAUCGGAGCCAGAUGGGCCAGAGUUGUAUCGCCUCAAUGAUGCCGCAAACGAGCUUAUGCGAAUGCUGCCCGUGACGCAUAGCACGAGGAAAGCAGCGGCUCGCGAAGGCUUGGUCCUUCCCGGACGCCCGAACUAUCGUUACUUUGGACGAUGCGCGGAGCUCCGCUAUGUGGUCGAAGCAGUACAAAGUUUACAUGCUGAGAAGACAGAGGGACCAGAGCUUGCGGCAGAAACUGCCACGGCUGAGGCUGCAGCGCCUUCAGCGAUGUCAACAAAGCGGAACGGCGGUUUGACCGUGCAGCUGCUUGCCAGGUCGGCCUUCGGAUCGCUUCGAUGGUGUCACGCUGUGCGUCUAACUGCCAGCCGACUGGAAGCGGUUCGGGAGGUGUGGUCUGCAUGCCAGCACCUGCUGGCUUGCAUUCAGUCGUUGACCUUCUUCAAGCGCGUGCCAGGCAAGGCUAGGGAGAGGCGGUGGCAGGCUGUGGUCUGGUUCUGGCCGUAUAGGGGAUCCUGGCAGCGGGGUACUGUCCAAGCUGCUUUGGGCAGCGGCCGCUACAAGGCACAGAAGUACGCGAAUGGAUCAGGCGGGCUGGAUCGAGCUUCCCGGAAGGUGGCGCUGCAAGGCUGGGAGGAGGAUGAGCUCCAGACAAGCCAGACAACUGAGGUGGACGCCUCCAAUAUGGAGGGUGGAAUGCUGCCAUUCCAGAAUGCGGACAUGCCAAACAAUGGCUUCCCAGACAUGACAACGCUGGAUCACUUGCAUGAGCCAGCGCUGUUGCACAACCUACGUCGGCGAUUCUUCUCCCAGGCUUGCGAUCCUGAUCAUGACCAGGAGUCCCUCGAUAUGGACACCUCGACAGAGGAGUUUGCCGCAAGACCCUGGAAUGAUGAGACACUUAUCAAAGAAGGCUUGAAACAGGAUCAAAGCCUGCUCGACAUGCUACAAGGGCAGUGGUAUCGAAAAGAAGAUGGUCAACCCGUGGGCCAGAUUUCUGGAGCAUACUUGGUGUGGAAUCCUCGGUGGAAGUUUGCAGAAAUGAUCUCGCCUAUCUUUGAGGACCUGUCAGGACUCGCACCGAUGCUGACUCUCCCGUUCCCAUACGAAGAUUAUGGUACUGAAUAUCAUGCGUAUGAUAAACUUCAUAGUAGUACGUCGUCGUCCCGUAGUAGGAGUAGUGGAUGGUAG